AUGCAGCCAGGCUUUGGAAACCAGCCUAUACCAGAUGCUACGCACCAUCUCCCAAUUUCGAGGCCUCACAGACAUCAUAGGUCAAAGGGCGAUGAUCUAGCGACACCAAGAUCUUCACUGAGAGGGAGACCGCGGGCGCAAUUUCUCUUGGACAUCCCGGCCUACGAGUACAAACUGCCUAAGGAGAUGCCAAUCAAUGCAACAAUCGUGGAUCUCAUCGCGGUCGUACCGCAAUGGUUCCGCAACCCUGGCAUCACAUGGCGCUUCAUGAAUAAUGGUAUCAAUGCAGCUGUUCAUUUUGCAAUUCUAGAGCAGCAUAGACAUCUUGGCUUGACUAACGUCGAGGAAGCUGAACGCGCUCGCGACCAUAUCUCAGACACAUACCGGAAGACGAUGCGUAAAAUGGAAAACUUUUCUGGGUGGACAAAAGCAGGACACAAUAUUCCAAAUAACUGGAACAAAUUGAACAUCUCCGUCAGCGGUUAUCUUCCGGAAUCUGCCAAAAAGAUUGGUUAUGUCACACCGGCAUCUAUUCCUUUCAUUGUCCUUACAGUUGGUCUGAAGAAGCUCCCUCAGGGUUAUGAUGCUGGUGACUUAAGUCGUGCACUGCAGUUUGCAAUGCAAAAUCAGAAGCUUGGUGAACAUGGUCGACCGACGGAGUUCAUGUUCCCAGACGACAUUCAGCCCAUUCUUGAUCAUAUUGGCCAUACUCAAAAUACAGACAACCACGUUGAUGAUACUGUUGUGAGACAUUACUACCAGGUUCUGAGAGAUGCGGAUGGGACGCGUCGUAAGCAGUUCUUAGAACAGCGCCGCCAGCAACAAGCUGCUGACGAAGCCGUCGUCAAUCGCGCACAUCAGUCUCAAAUGCAUCAUGCGCCGUUAUGUCAAGAGAGCCUGGGAGGACAUGGCACACACCGAUCACCGCUGGAAGCUACAUCACGAGCAUCAUCUGUUCAACUACACAUGCAGCCCACAGCCAGCGUUCCAGCUUUGAGCUCUGGCCACGAAAAUAUACCUCCAGCAGGAAUGGGUGCCUUAAUGCCUGCUGCUUUCCAUGAUUCACCAAUGGCACAAGAUUUCUUCCCGAAUGUAGCUCAAAGCUUCAUGUAUGACCAAACACAAGAUCAGGGUCGUGGUAGAACUGCUAUGAGUGGUGCCAAUUAUAGCAGCCCUUGCAUAUCGCAUGCAACCCGGUCGAACUCGCAAGAAGCCGCUGCAAAUAUAGCAUCAGAACUCCUAGCUCAAGGUGCUCAGAAGGCUUAUGUAGACUUUCCGGACAUCCCAGACAUCUGUAAGUUUGAGACAGACGAUCAAAAAGGUCCUUUCGUUGUGGAAAACUGGUCACAUCUAGAUCCUCAACGCGCCACAGAGGCCGUGGAUGCACUAAUGGCCGUACAUCAAACUUACGAUCUGAACACUUCUCCUAAUCCCAUAUGA